CUUAUUCUCCACGAAUGGGCGCUGAAAGACAAUUCCGCGGGAAAUUAGAGGCUCACGACUCUUUUCCGUUUAGGUAUCCAAGAUGGCCCGUGGACCUAAAAAGCACUUGAAGCGUCUCAAUGCCCCGAAGGCAUGGAUGUUGGACAAAUUGGGGGGUGUUUAUGCCCCACGUCCAUCUACUGGGCCACACAAACUCCGAGAGUGUCUUCCUCUCGUUAUUUUCCUCCGUAACAGGUUGAAGUAUGCCCUGACCAACUCUGAAGUCACCAAGAUCGUCAUGCAGCGCUUGAUCAAAGUCGAUGGCAGAGUACGCACUGAUCCAAACUACCCUGCAGGUUUCAUGGAUGUUGUACAGAUUGAGAAGACUGGGGAAUUCUUCAGAUUGAUUUACGACGUCAAGGGACGUUUCACGAUUCACAGAAUCACCGCUGAAGAGGCUAAGUACAAAUUGUGCAAAGUCAAACGCGUUCAGACCGGCCCCAAGGGAGUUCCCUUCCUGGUGACACACGAUGGAAGAACCAUCCGCUAUCCAGAUCCAGUUAUCAAGGUGAAUGACACGAUCCAGUUGGAAAUUGGCACUGGAAAAAUUCUUGAUUCCAUUCGUUUCGACUCGGGAAAUCUUUGCAUGAUCACUGGAGGCAGGAAUUUGGGUCGUGUUGGUACCGUUGUCAGUCGUGAACGUCAUCCAGGAUCCUUCGAUAUUUGUCACAUCAAGGACUCUCAAGGACAUACUUUCGCCACUAGAUUAAACAACGUCUUCAUCAUUGGCAAAGGAUCAAAGGCAUACGUCAGUCUGCCAAAGGGCAAGGGUGUCAAGCUGUCAAUCGCCGAGGAGCGCGACAAGAGGCUAGCAGCCAAGGGCGUCAACUAAUUUUUCAUUAUACCACGCUAAAAAAACCAAUAAAACAACAUUUCUUGGUAAAUUUUUCGA